GUGCCUUGAUGAUGCAUAUGUUAACAUUUUCUUUAAUAAAAUAUUCAAAAAUUAUUAUUAAAGUUGAAGUAAUAGCUUUUCACAAAGCUUUAUCUCCUCCGUCGGAGAAACACUCGGAACAACCACAAGCGUCGCCGUCGUUACCAUGGAAGGAGGAGGAACACUCUCGGAAGUUCACCAAAGUGCGAAAAAGCUAUUGCUCAAGUGCAGCGACGAUGUUGCACGUCUCGAGCGCCUCGAACAUUCCACCUCUACCUCCGCUGCCAUCGAUUCGGAUCUUUCGUUCGCCGUCAAGAAAGAUAUCAACCAGAUCCAAUCCCUCUGUGUUGAGAUGGACCGUCUUUGGCGUUCUGUUGCAUCCAAACCUCAACGUGAUCUCUGGAAAAGAAAGGUCGAACAAAUUGCUGAAGAAGCUGAAUCACUGAAACAAAGUUUGGAUAAAUAUAACUCAAGGAUUCAAAAGCGGACUAGAGAAGCUAAUGACAGAGCAGAACUGCUGAGACGAGUGAAUGGGGGUUCUGAUCACGUUUUGAGAAUUUUCGAUGACGAUGCACAAGCAAUGCAUUCAGUUCGCAAUUCUGCCAGGGAGCUUGAAAAUGCUAAUGCACUUGGGGAGGCCAUUCUUUCUUCAAUACAUGGCCAAAGGGAACGCUUGAAGAGUGCACAGCGAAAGGCGUUGGACGUUCUCAAUACAGUGGGGAUAUCAAACAGAGUCCUGAGAUUAAUUGAGAGACGAAACCGUGUUGACCAAUGGAUCAAAUAUGCAGGAAUGCUAUUGACAGUUGUUUUUGUGCUUGCCAUUGUUUUGUGGAGACGUUGAGCAGUCAGAUGUUGGAAAACUUUCAUAUUUCCUACUCGCAACAGUUACCACGGGCUGCACGUCGAAGUGCAUUAGAAUUGUUAGCUGCAUUUAGAGUAAGAUCAAAUUAAUGAUAAAAACAUUGGAAUAGUUGUAUAUUGUUUUUGGGUCUGUACAUUUGGAAUAGUUGUUACCAAAUAUUAUAAAGCAAAUGACAUACAUACGAUGUAGAGUUUAUGUGAAAUUUUAAAACUAAAAUUUAAAUGGAAACACAUCUUUAAACCA